AUGGGGAGGGGGCUGCGGAAUGAGGCGUACAGAGUGAGCCGUUGCCGCAGGUUGGGGAUAGGCAGCCUCGGCGCGGAGUUGCUGUUUUUUCGCGUCGAUCAACACCGACGUCGGGUGCAUGCAAGUCGCUGUCAAUCCGGGGCUUCCGCGGAACCCCGAGCUCAAGACUUUCCAGCGGCGAAGAGUGUCAUUUUCAAGGCCACAUCAGUGUGCUGUUUGUGUGCGCAAGUUGCCAGGCUCGCGGCUCGAAAGCCGUUGGAAAGAGCUCACCGGCGACAUAAAUGGAUCUGCAAGGGUCAGCUGGUCUACCGUUCUGGACAGGCGAGACUUCUGCUUGGCUUCGCCACGCUGGCAGAAAGAAUUCAAAACACAAAAGAAAAACGACGAGGCGAGGCGUUAGUUUGUGUCACCCUGCAGGACGCGACGUCGCAGUGGCACCGCGAGUCGGACCUCCGCUUCGGGUUCGACCUCGAACAUGGCGCACUGCUUCUUAGAGCUUCGUAA